AUGCCGGCUGCAGGGAUUCUCAUUUCCAAGGACAACUCUGGGAUUGGUUUGGACAUACAGAACUCGUUUUUUGUCUCGAAUCAAGGUGUUUAUAUAACCAUCUUCAAUCCGGAGCAAGAGUUUUUCAUUGAAAAUAAUACUUUUGCGAACAAUACGGAGUUUAACGCGGCGCCCAAGAGUUCGCUCAUCGAUUUGAUUUACACGGAUUCUUCUGCAGUGCGAAAUUUCGCAAUCACUGACAACAUUUUCAACGGCAACACCGCAAAAUAUAUUGCACGAGUUUUCGAAAAAGACGAAGAGAUGAGUGUUUCCGUUUUACGAAAACGACACGAAAUUGCCAAGAAUCAUUUCAACAACAAUACCGGCUGGAGUCUGAUAUUUGCAUCGGUUGCACUCACAGAUAUCUUUGGGAACACUUUUCAGAGCAAGGAAAUGAAAUGUGACAUUACGACGAAUGAACCGAGGAAACCGAAUUGGCUUGAUUUGCAAAAGAAUGAGUUUAUCGCGUUUCCGGAUAACCUUAAAUAUUUUCAUGUUUGUGCUACGAGCUUCGAGGGAACAAUCACCUAUCCAUGGGAGGGACACUUUAGGGAUAUCACAGUGACAACUACAACAACCCCUCCGCCUCCUCCAGUUCCGCCAGUCACUCCAGCACCCCCACCGCCUCCUCCGCCAGCUGCU